GUAGCUGGAAGAAGGUAAACAAUGGCCUCUGCAAGGAAGGUAGCCGAGAAGCGGCAUAACCCAGUGGAAAGCAUUUGCAGGAAAAUCAUAGCCAUCCAAAAAAGAGAAGAGAUUUCCAGUCCGGGUCGACAGAUUACCAAAUAUCAAUCUAGCAGUUUCAAUAGUCCACAGACUAACACCAAGAAAGACUUUGAGGAGGUAUUGAAGAAGAUGACUGCUUCUCACAGCGCUAUGCCCAACGCUCCCUUUUCCAGUCCUGAGAAAGACGACGCCUUCAUCUCAUCUCCUCUAACAGUGUCUCCAACAAGCCCACCCACCUCUCAUCUCAGCUCUCCUGAAAAUGCAGCAGGUGCUGUUAUCGUCCCAAGUUCUGAAAACAUCUCAAGGCCACAAUCACAGAGUUACGAGACUUACACAUCACUGGUAUCACAGAUCAGAAAAGGAGAACGCUUCUCUAACAAGGAUUUGAACAACCAUUGCAGUGAAAAUAAUUUUCAUGCCUUAGCACUUGACUCUGAUUCUACCUCUGAUCAAAGUUCUGAAUUUGUUACUCAGGAUUCAGUGGCGAAAAAGUUAUCUCUGAGUGAAGAUGGAUGGAAACUAGGAACUGGUGAUGGUAAGGAGGGGGUAACCUACAGCUUUAAUAGGACCCAUAAAGAAGAGUUACUCACCAGUAUUUUUCAUGCAUGUGACACGAAAUGCAAAGGCUCAGUAGGGAUGGCCAAAAUAAUAGAUCACCUAGGACAAACAACAAGUCAAGAUUCUGAGGAGCCAUGGAGCACACUUGAUCCUGAAACGAGGGACCUGCAAGUGGAUCUGGAAACUUCCCGUGCCACCAGGAAAGAAUGGACAGCUUGCUGCAGAUACAAAGGGGAAGGAGCGAACUGUGGCUCAAGCGGCGGCAUCGCGGACUCCGUUUUUGAACAGGUCCGCCUACAGUCACGUGAUGCAAAUGCAAUGACCACAGAUACAACGGCGUGUCCAUCCCGGGACUUCGAGGCUUCGGGUGGAGACGUGUCUAGAGGGGUCUUAGAGGUCUCCGAUUUGAUCACCUAUGUAGCAGACCUGCAUUUCAACAAGCAGAAAUUAGAGGAGGAAAAUAAUAGGCUUAAACUGGCGUUAGAAACCUUGGAAGAAGCUAACAGUCAGUUGUCAGAGGAUUGUACUGAAUUGCGCCUUCAGAUAAAAAGUGCCCACCAGGCUAUUAUGAGAACAAAUCUGUUAAAAGAAGAACUGGAGGAACUGAAAAUUAGUAUGAAUGCUUCAGAGGAGCAGAAGACCACUAUCCUAGCCCAGAACAAACAAUUGGAGACAGAAAACCGGGCCCUGAUUCUUGAGAUUCGGAUUCUCCAAGAAGAGAAUACUAAAAACAUUACGGAUAUAUACGAACUGGAAAAGAAGAUUGAGGAGCUCUCUGAAACCGAGACAGAGCGCCAAAUGCAGUUACACACGUAUGAGAACACUUUGCUUAAUAAGGAUGCAAGCUUGCAGAAGAAGGAUUUAAGUAUAGAAGAACUUAAGUCAACCAUCGUAGAGUACAGGAACGUUAUAGAGAAUUUACGAGGGGAUAAAAACAAACUGGUUCAGGAGUUGCAGCGCCUGCAGCAGGAGCUCCUUGUAAAAGGGAUCCAGUUGAAUGUUAGUGGAGAACGUAAUAGCAUCAUCUCUGAAGGAGAAAAAUCCCUGCACUGUGAACUCAUUCUUGCUCAGUCUGCAGAGAACAAUGAGACUGAAUGUCAGGGCAGUUCAAUCAGCUUGUCAUCUCUGGACACGAUGAUGGACCAAGGAAUGCUGCUGUUACUGAGAGACCUUGAACAAAAGGGAGUGGAAUUCACAGCUAUGCUUCAGGAGCUGCAUGAAGAAGUUUCUGAAGUUGAAACCUUCAUUUAUAACCAUUUAAAGAGGGUAACAAAUACAGAAAUUACUGCGGAAGAAAAGCGGAAGAACAUGCUUAUUGAAUUCAAAUGUAUCAUGGAAGAAAAGCAAACCCUUUGUAUACCAAUGCUGAACAACUUGGGAAAGCACAGAGAAUCUCUUGAUAAACAGCUUGUCAAAUUGACAGAGAUUUUGAAGAGAUUCAGGCUGGAAUAUUUUUCUUUCAGAAAAGAAUUUCUUUCCAGGAAGAAACAAAUAGAAGCCAUUAAAAAACUGCAAGAAGAUACUGUCAGUCAUGAAGCCAUCCUCAGGAAGAAGGCUCAAGAAGCCAGCCAAUGGCUGAAGGACACAGAGGAUCAGGUUGAAGAUCACGAUCAGGCAGCCCACUCUGCCAGGGAGAAAGCUGAGUCUCGGCUGCAUAAAUUAGAGGGAGCAAUUUUGGAACAACGGACUCUCCGGGCUGUAAAUACCGAAUUAGUGAACACUUGCCAGACACUUGAACAGAAGACACGAAAACGGACAAUUGAGUCCCUGAGGAAGAAGUUAAUUAAAGGAGGACCCCAUGGCUUGCUGUCUCAGAGCUGGUUAGAUGAGGAAUUUCCUCACUGUGGUCCCUUGUCUGGCACAGAAAGGAUUCAACUACAUCUUCAAGAACAAUGGAAGCACUGUUGCCAUAAUCAAUAGAGUAGUCAAGAAGCAAGAACACAGCAGACACCUUUGACCUUCAAACAUACAUGCUGGAAUACACCUCUGCUGGAUGCCUUGCAUCUGGAUAGUCUUACAACGAUUCCAAGACUGGAAUUGACACCUUUCUCACGUGUAGCCAGUGGAAUCCACGCUUCAUGUGAAAGGCCCAAAUAUGGAGAACUAGAGGGUGGUGCUCUGGGUGUGACUGGAAGACACAAGUACCCAGGCCCUACAGCUGGCCCUCACCCAGGAGCAGAUCUUCCAGGCUGCGUCAGGAUGAAUGAUGACCUGAGGAUGGAUGAGAAUGGUGCUGAACACAUAUGUUCCAAGAGCCUGCCACAGCCCAGGGAAUAUUCCACACUCGCAUCUCCUGCACACACUUCAUCCACAGAAAGUACUAUAACUUCAAGUGAUUCUGGGUCAGAAAUUUUGAAUAUGGCUUCUGGUGACCUUGAUUGCAAAUCAGUCUGUGAGAAAGAGGAGGAUACAAGAUCAGCUUCUGUGAUAAAGAUCAAAGGUAAGCUUCCAGCUCCUGAGAGUAUUGCACUCCAAGGCUCUGUGAAUGAGGACAGAACCAUGUUAAAUCUGGAAGCCAAAGAGGAACCAGAAACAAUAGAUGUGCAUAGAAAAGAAUGUGCCACAGGAGUGGAUACUGCUGUUUCCACUCUUCCUGUAACCACUAUGAAAUCGGUUAACUUUAAACAAAGUGACAACACUUCUGCUACUGAGAAGGAGGUGGAGGCCGAAUUUCUCAGAUUAUCUUUGGGAUUUAAGUGCGAUUGGUUCACCUUGGAGAAGAGAGUAAAGCUUGAGGAAAGAUCCCGUGACUUGGCAGAAGAAAAUUUGAAGGAAGAAAUCACUAACUGUUUAAAGCUGUUAGAGUCCUUAGCACAUCUAUGUGAAGAUGACCACCAGGCCCAGGAAAUCAUUCAGAAGCUGGAGAAAAGUAUAACAUUCCUUAGCCAGUGCACAACACGAGUGGCCAGCAGGGCUGAGAUGCUGGGAGCCAUUAAUCAGGAAAGCCGGGUUAGUAAAGCAGUUGAAGUGAUGAUUCAACAUGUGGAAAACUUGAAGAGAAUGUACACCAAAGAGCACACUGAAUUAGAAGAACUGAAAGAAGUUCUUUUGCAAAAUGAAAGGUCUUUUAAUCCUCUUGAAGAUGAAGAGGACUGCCAAAUUAAAAAACGUUCAGCUUCUCUAAACUCCAAGCCACCUUCUCUUCGAAGAGUGACCAUUGCCUCUUUGCCCAGAAAUAUUGGAAAUGCAGGAAUGGUGGCUGGGAUGGAAAAUAACGACCGUUUCAGUAGGAGAUCAAGCAGUUGGCGUAUUUUGGGGUCAAAGCAGAGUGAACACCGUCCCUCAUUACAUCGAUUUAUUAGCAGCUAUUCCUGGGCAGAUGCUGAAGAAGAAAAAUGUGAACUAAAAACUAAGGAGGACUCAGAACCACCUGAAGAAGAAAUAGUAGAAAGGACAAGAAAGCCAAGUCUUUCUGAAAAGAGAAACAAUCCGUCAAAAUGGGAUGUCUCUGCAGUUUAUGACACAAUAGCUUCCUGGGCAACAAAUCUCAAGACUUCCAUCGGAAAGGCCAACAGGGCGCUCUGGCUUUCCAUUGCAUUCGUCGUGCUGUUCGCAGCUUUGGUGAGCUUCCUCACAGGCCGGUUUUUCCAGAAGUCUGUGGACGCUGCUCCCACUCAAGAAGGCGACUCCUGGAGGUCUCUGGAACAUAUCUUGUGGCCAUUUACCAGACUCCGACACAACGGGCCACCACCAGUGUGACUACCGCACAUCCUAACGUGUGUAUUUUUUUUUUUUUAGCAUUUCAGUAUCUGAACUUUUUGUAAAUGAGUAACUUUUAGAUGGGAAAUGAUAGCAUGGAGCCAGAGGUUCACAGAAGGACUAUAUUUCUUACCUCCCCACUAAGAUAUGAUGGGGAGGAAGCCUGCCUGUGAUCUUUUAAUGAGGAGAUAUUGUUUGUUGAAAUUUACUGAAAUAAAGAUCUAAAUCUUG